GCUUCGGUGUCGCCGCCAUCUUUGUUGAUGUGUCAGCUCCGCAGGGAUUUGGGGAAGCCGCGGCUGAGUGAGGCGUCGGCUGUGUUUCUCACCGCGGUCUUUUCCUCCCACUCUUGGGUGGUUGGACCCCACUAUGGAAAAGUUGGCUCCUGAGCCAGAGCUCCAGCAGCCUCGUUAGGGUGUGGCCUGAGGCUUGGAUAAGUGGGAGGAAAAAGUCCUGGAUUUCGAGUCAGAACAUCUGGAUUAGAAUCCUACUUCUUUCACUUGAUAAUCUUGUUACCUGUGGGAAUCAGAAGAGAGAAUAUAGUAAAAAUACGCAGUACAGUCCCAGAUGUAAAACGAAGAUCAGGAGCAGAUUUGAAGAAUUACAAAGUGAAUUGGUGCCAGUCAGCAUGUCAGAGACAGACCACAUAGCCUCUACUUCCUCUGAUAAAAAUGUUGGGAAAACACCUGAAUUAAAGGAAGACUCAUGCAACUUGUUUUCUGACAAUGAAAGCAGCAAAUUAGAAAAUGAGUCCAAACUAUUGUCAUUAAACACUGAUAAAACUUUAUGUCAACCUAAUGAGCAUAAUAAUCGAAUUGAAGCCCAGGAAAAUUAUAUUCCAGAUCAUGGUGGAGGUGAGGAUUCUUGUGUCAAGACAGACGUAGGCUCAGAAAAUUCUGAACAAAUAGCUAAUUUUCCUAGUGGAAAUUUUGCUAAACAAAUGUCAAAAACAAAUGAAACAGAACAGAAAGUAACACAAAUAUUGGUGGAAUUAAGGUCAUCUACAUUUCCAGAAUCAGCUAAUGAAAAGACUUAUUCAGAAAGCCCCUAUGAUACAGACUGCACCAAGAAAUUUAUUUCAAAAAUAAAGAGCGUUUCAGCAUCAGAGGAUUUGUUGGAAGAAAUAGAAUCUGAGCUCUUAUCUACGGAGUUUGCAGAACAUCGAGUACCAAAUGGAAUGAAUAAGGGAGAACAUGCAUUAGUUCUGUUUGAAAAGUGUGUGCAAGAUAAAUAUUUGCAGCAGGAACAUAUCAUAAAAAAGUUAAUUAAAGAAAAUAAGAAGCAUCAGGAGCUCUUCGUAGACAUUUGUUCAGAAAAAGACAAUUUAAGAGAAGAACUAAAGAAAAGAACAGAAACUGAGAAGCAGCAUAUGAACACAAUUAAACAGUUAGAAUCAAGAAUAGAAGAACUUAAUAAAGAAGUUAAAGCUUCCAGAGAUAAACUAGUAGCUCAAGACAUUACAGCUAAAAAUGCAAUUCAGCAGUUACACAAAGAGAUGGCCCAACGGAUGGAACAGGCCAACAAGAAAUGUGAGGAGGCACGCCAAGAAAAAGAAGCAAUGGUAAUGAAGUAUGUAAGAGGUGAGAAGGAAUCUUUAGACCUUCGAAAGGAAAAAGAGACACUUGAGAAAAAACUUAGAGAUGCAAAUAAGGAACUUGAGAAAAACACUAACAAAAUUAAGCAGCUUUCUCAGGAGAAAGGACGGUUGCACCAGCUGUAUGAAACUAAGGAAGGUGAAACGAGUAGACUCAUCAGAGAAAUAGACAAAUUAAAGGAAGACAUUAACUCUCACGUCAUCAAAGUAAAGUGGGCACAAAACAAAUUAAAAGCUGAAAUGGAUUCACACAAGGAAACCAAAGAUAAACUCAAAGAAACAACAACAAAAUUAACACAAGCAAAGGAAGAAGCAGAUCAGAUACGAAAAAACUGUCAGGAUAUGAUAAAAACAUAUCAGGAGUCAGAAGAAAUUAAAUCAAAUGAGCUUGAUGCAAAGCUUAGAGUCACAAAAGGAGAACUUGAAAAACAAAUGCAAGAAAAAUCUGACCAGCUAGAAAUGCAUCAUGCCAAAAUAAAGGAACUAGAAGAUCUGAAGAGAACAUUUAAGGAGGGUAUGGAUGAGUUACGAACACUGAGAACAAAGGUGAAAUGUCUAGAAGAUGAACGAUUAAGAACAGAAGAUGAAUUAUCAAAAUAUAAGGAAAUUAUUAAUCGCCAAAAAGCUGAACUUCAAAAUUUAUUGGACAAGGUGAAAAUUGUAGAUCAGCUACAGGAGCAGCUUCAAAGAGGUAAGCAAGAAAUUGAAAAUUUGAAAGAAGAAGUGGAAAGUCUUAAUUCUUUGAUUAAUGACCUGCAAAAAGACAUCGAAGGCAGUAGGAAAAGAGAAUCUGAGCUGCUACUGUUUACAGAAAGGCUCACUAGUAAGAAUGCACAGCUUCAGUCUGAAUCCAAUUCUUUGCAGUCACAAUUUGAUAAACUUUCCUGUAGUGAAAGUCAGUUACAAAGCCAGUGUGAACAAAUGAAACAGACAAAUAUUAAUUUGGAAAGUAGGUUGUUGAAAGAGGAAGAAUUGCGAAAAGAGGAAGUCCAAACUCUGCAAACUGAACUCACUUGUACACAAACAGAAGUUAAAGCACUGAGUACCCAGGUAGAAGAAUUAAAAGAUGAGUUAGUAACUCAGAGACGUAAACAUGCCUCUAGUAUCAAGGAUCUCACCAAACAACUUCAGCAAGCACGAAGAAAAUUAGAUCAGGUUGAGAAUGGAAGCUAUGACAAAGAAGUCAGCAGCAUGGGAAGUCGUUCUAGUUCAUCAGGGUCCCUGAAUGCUCGAAGCAGUGCAGAAGAUCGAUCUCCAGAAAAUACUGGGUCCUCCGUAGCUGUGGAUAACUUUCCACAAGUAGAUAAGGCCAUGUUGAUUGAGAGGAUAGUUAGGCUGCAAAAAGCACAUGCCCGGAAAAAUGAAAAGAUAGAAUUUAUGGAGGACCACAUCAAACAACUGGUGGAAGAAAUUAGGAAAAAAACAAAAAUAAUUCAAAGUUAUAUUUUACGGGAAGAAUCAGGCACACUUUCUUCAGAGGCAUCUGAUUUUAACAAAGUUCAUUUAAGUAGACGGGGUGGCAUCAUGGCAUCUUUAUAUACAUCCCAUCCAGCUGACAAUGGAUUAACAUUGGAGCUCUCUUUGGAGAUCAACCGAAAAUUACAGGCUGUCUUGGAGGAUACGUUACUAAAAAAUAUUACUUUGAAGGAAAAUCUACAAACACUUGGAACAGAAAUAGAACGUCUUAUUAAACACCAGCAUGAACUAGAACAGAGGACAAAGAAAACCUAAAACAAGCCUCUUGCUCAGUAAACAGACAUAAGCCGCACAGGAGUAGGUGCCACUGACCUCUAUUGUUGGAAACUUUCUUCCACUUUUUGUUUCAGCCAGUAAAAAUACUGUUUUGCUUCAUCUGUACACAAAAAAUAUCCUUUUACAAUAUGAAUGCAUUGCUGUAUAUACUGUAAGACUGAAAGCUUUGAUGAAAUUUGUUUUUGUAUGGUGCAAUAUAACAGCCUGUCAUUGAAUCUAAACAACUUAAUUUGCUUAUAUUCAUAAGAAGUGUUGAACAUUACAAGGGCUUUUAUAAAAAACCCUUUGUUCAUAUUUCUUCCCUUUAAAAUAUAUAAUGUCAAAAAUGACUCACCUUUAACAAUUAUGCAUGAAAAGAGAGGUGGUAAAUAUUCAGUAAUACACUAUUUCUCCAACAUCAAGACAACUAAAAAAAAUGAUAAAAAUAUUUAUUUUUACACUCCAGCAUAUUGGGUGAGUUUUAGGGAUAUGUAUGAAUACUUAAAUCUUUUAAUUUCAGUUUUAAUGAAAGCCGAACUUAAUAGGAAAGCUAGCUGUUGGUAACUAGCAAUGAUCAGGCAUUGUUUGCCUCUGUCAGGUUUUCUUAUCUGUUUUAGGUACAUUUUUUCAGAUUCUGAUUGUCUGAGUUAAUGGUUGAAUUUUUAAAGUUUUUAGUUACUUAAAAUAUGAUUUUAAAUUACAUAUUAGAAAAUUCCUGUGGAGUUUACUUAUAUUUUAAAUUGUGAAAUGGAUCCAAUCAUUAGAACAGAGAGAAUAGUUCCUUGAAACUGAAAUACUUUAGUUUUACUGACAUUGUGUAAAGAUAAAUAUUUAUGAAGAACCAGCUUCCAAAAGAAACCAGCAUAUGGCACUAUGAACUAUUUCAUUUGAGCACCAUUCUUUACCAUUGAUAUAUUAAUUAUGUAUUAUAGUGGAGUGAUCAUACAGUUCCCCCAAAUGUGAUGUUUCAAUGUAUUUAUUUAAAACAUAAAGUAGACCAGGUGCAGUAGCUCACGCCUGUAAUCCCAGCACUUUGGGAAGCCCAGGCAGGAGGAUUACCUGAGGCCAGGAGUUUAAGACCAGCCUUGGCAACACAGCAAGACUCCCAUCUCAACAAAGAAAUUUUAAAAGAUUAUCCAGGCAUGGUGGUGCAUGCCUAUAGUUCCAGCUACUCGGGAGGCUGAAGCAGUAGAAUCACUUGAGCACAGGAGGUCAAGGCUGCAGAUGAGCCCUGAUCAUGCCACUGCACUCCAGCCUGGGCGAAAGAGCAAGACCCUGUCUCUCAAAACAAAAAACGUCACACAUACCUAAAAUAAGUACAUAUCUGUAACCAAAGGAACUUAAUUUUAGAGCCAAAUUUUUCUAUCUUGUUGGAUUUUUUACAAUAUUUAUUAAAGAUAUACACUUAAGUGUUGCCAUAGUAUCAAUAUUUCUAUGUCAUUGAAUUUCUUCUCACCCCUUAUUAUUUCUCACUUACAAUUUCUGAGCAUGAUUUUUCAUAAUUCAUUAUCUUCAGAUCAUUACUGUAAUAAGAUACCUUGGCUCUUGUGCAGAUAUUGCCGCAAGCCUUGUUUGGUUUGGAUUUUUGCAUCCCUUUUUCUCCCAUUAAGGGAAUUAAGUUUUGGGAUGAUGGAUUAAAAGCCUGUAAAGAAUUGUAUGAGCUCUAAAAGUUGGGCUUAUGGUGGCAAUAUCCUUUUAAUGUGUUUUAACAUUUUUAAAUCAACAUUGUUUAAAAAUAAUUUAUUUAGGAUUAGAUUAUUUAAUGAAUGUCUUUUUUUCUAUAUAUUGAAUUAGAUGUUAUCCCAAAACAAAUAUCUUUUCACUCAAAAUGAAAAUAUAUGUUCAAAGAUGUUUUAUUUUUAGAUUAGUUAUAAAAAGUAUUAGUCUUAAUAUAAUGUGUCUUGUUCUUUUUACCAAUAAUAAUUUAUCAAAAUAAGAGGGAAAGUGCAAUCAAAUCUGAAUUAUUUUACUAUUUGUUUCUAGAUACACUACUUAACACUCCUAAAGACUACUUUGAGUAGGCAGCAUAACUAAAUUUUUCUAGUUUCUUAUGAUACAGGCUCAUAAACUACAAUAUUUGGAUUUUUUUCCCCAAGGCACAAAAUGUAUAAUGGAGACCAAAUAGUGAUCAGAUCCAUAGUAUCCUAUGCCUAUACACUUUAAAAUAUAUAUACAUUUUAGACAAAAAUGCACACUCCAGUAUUAAUAUUUGUGCUACCAUCUACUUGGAGAAGUUUAAUGAGAAAAUUUUAGAAGAAAACUAUUAUAAACAAUAUUUUGACUCUAUUACCUUUUUUGACAUACAUUUUAGAAACUAUGGAAAUUUUUUAAAGAAAAUGCUUUAGUUUUCUUUUGUUCUUCACUGUCUACUGUGUGCUUUUGUAUAUGGAUCAGGACUGAGCAAAGUAAUUACAUGUAUCAGAGAUUAUACUAAUUCACAGACAGCUCCUGAUGUAAGGUUUUAAAGGGCCUUCUGCCCUCUAAAUAUAUGGUGAGAAGAAUGGGGUAUCUGGAAAAGGAAAAUGAUCUGGAUAAAUCUGAGACCUGGGGGGAGGUUUGUUUUAUAUGUUCAUUAUUGGUUGUACAUAUCAAGGCUGUUUGGGUUAUUUAGCAAUAUUUUGGUUUAUUUGAGCUGGAAGUGAUUUUUUCUGUGUAUGUAUAUGUAUACACUUCAAUAGGUUUUAAUUUUGAAGUGAAUAUUUGCCGUGACUCCAUUUUCCCCAUAGCACUUCAGGCUUUAGCCUGUUUAGUUUUAAGGACUGAAAAUGGUAGGUUUGGGCAGAAGAAUGAAUUUGAACUUUGAUGGUUUUUUUUUGUUUGUUUUUACUUUCUAUCUUCAUAACCAUUUAAAGUGAUUUAGCUUGAAAUUAAAUUUUAUCAGGCUACCAACAUGUUAUUUAUUUAUUUAAUAAACGCAUUUAUUGAAAGCCUAUACUGCUGUAUUGGCACCAUACAGGGUAUUGUAUUUAUACUAGUGAGCAGACCAGGGCAUUUCCAUCCUCAUGGAGUUCAUGGUCUAAUGAAAAUAGCUGAGGCUGGGUGUGGUGGCUCACCCCUGUCAUCCCAGCACUUUGGGAGGCCGAGGUGGGAGGAUUGUUUGAGCCCAGGAGUUUGAGACCAGCCUGGGCAACAUGGCAAAACCCCAUGUGUACAAAAGAUACAAAAAAUUAGCCGGAUGCAGUGGCACAUGGCUGUGUUCCCAGCUACCCAGGAGGCCGAGUUGGGAGGAUCAUCUGAGCCUGGGAGGUUGAAGCUUGCUGUGAGCUAUGAUUGCCACUGUACUCUAUAUUCCGGCCUGGGUGACAGAGUGAGACCCUGUCUCAAACAAAAAAAAAAAAAAAAAAAAAGGAAAGAAAAUAGCUAGGAGACAAUCAGAGCAGAUAUUGGGCUUCUGUGGCUCAUCUCAGCCCUUUAUAACUGGCCUGAGAAGAGGGUUUAUCUACCUGUGCAAGUGGCCCAGAAAUGUCACUCUCACAUGAGGCUUUGGAAAAUCCUUGCAAAGGUACGCUGAGAGCAAAUUACUGUUUUCCUGGUGGUUCUGCAUGUUUCCUAACUUUUAUCGUAGUUUGAUUUUCAUUAUUUAAGAAAAAAUUUAAAAAAACCCAAAGACCAUAAAAUGGCAUUAGAUUUUUUACCAUUAAAUUAUUAAUGCCUGUUUGGUGCUCAUAAAGAUUAAUCAUGUCACGCAUGUUUCCAACCUUUCUUUUGCAGUAUAUUAUUUUCUAAAAAUUGUUACAUGCAAAUUUAAACCAAGAUUUAUCAGUAAAAGAAAAAAAUAGAAUCCUUAAUAAUGUAAAUGUUAUUAUAUAUGCCACCCUGGUGAAAAUAUUUUUAUAAAUCAUGUUGUCAUUUAUGCUUUAUGAAUGUUGACUCCAGUAGCCUAUUUUUCAAUAACCUUUUUUUUAAAAGCAAUUUUUUUUGACACCAAGAUUGUUGAUUUUUAAUUAACACCAGUUGGUGGCACUAGAAACCUGAAAUUUUUCAAGGAUGAACAAAGUUGAAAAGGUAAUCUAAACAUGGAGAAUUUUUAGGAAAAUAAAUGAAAAAUAUAAUUGUAUAUUAGAGAUGUAUUUUUCUUCUGGAAUGGAAUUCUUUUAUAAAAUGCAGAUGGCUAUCCAUUUUGACUGCAAUGAUGAAACUUGUUUAUCUUCCAGAGGACAUAUAUAUAUCCAUGUGUGUGUACUGUACAGAUAAUCUUUAAUUUGAUUACACUGUUUCUUGUAAAUAUGUAUCUGUAUAAAAUGAAGCUUUUCAAGAGGAUUCUAUGUAUAUAUUGUACUUAUUAAAUAGGUAAUGCCUGUUUACCAA